CCCGACGCAUCUAUCCUUCUCCACAUCUCUUCAAUUUCUCAAACAAUAGUGAUGCUCACCAUCAUCACCAAAAUACCCCACACUAACCACGCACACGCGCCUUCCCAUAUGGCGUCCCCCCGCAUAGGUUUUUUUAAAAUCUUGAUUCUCUGUCCCGAGGUGUCAUAUUUGUGUCAUCAAUUUUCUCAAAGACUCCAAACAUAG